AUGAAUAAUGAUAAAUCAUCAUCUUCAUCCUCUUCAUCAUCUUUCUCAUUAUCACCUCGAGGAGGAUUAUCAGAUUUAACAUUACUAAAGAUCAUCAAUGAUUUAGAAAAUAAUCAAGAUAUAGUAUGUCUGUUGAUGACAUGUAAAGCAUACUAUAGAGAGUUUAUGAAACAAUAUGCAAAGGUUAUUACUUUUAAAGGUAUUGAACCAAAUGAUGUUAGAUCAGAAAAAUUAAUGAUCAGUUCCCAGAUGAGGGGAUUCAAAGAGAUCUACAAUGCAUCUCUCGAAGCAUCCAAAAACCAUAUUGACAAAUACGACGAUGAUGCAACUUCGAUAACUAUCACCAAUAGAUCAACUAGAGUCUAUUAA